GUUGUCUUGGUAGCAUUUGUAAACAAAACAUGGCUGCGCUGGAAGCCGAACCUCCAGAACGAUUCUAUUUGGAACGAAGGGAAAUUUUUGAGGAUACAGAUACCGACUUUCCUUAUGAAGAAAUACCUGUUGACGAUGAAUUUAAAACCUCUGUAGAAAUCGAUGAGGAUCUCGAAACAGCAGUUAGAACAAUCAGGGAAGCUGAGGAGGAUUGUAAAGCUAAGGAGCAAAGAGAUGCUGAGAGAGCAUCAGCAACGCUAGUAGAAACUGCAGAAGUAACAGAUGAUUUUGUCCGUAAUUUCCUAGUUAAGAUGAAAAUGGAAAAAACCUUAGAUUGCUUUCAAACGGAAUGGUAUGAAAAUUUACAGAAAGGUCGACUCAAUAUGGAAGAUGUUGGAUUAGUUCCAGAUGUUUAUUUAAAAAACCAGAAAUUAGAUCAUGAUUUGAAGCAUUAUAGGUCUCAAAUGGAAAAAUAUAAGGAAGCAGCUCUGCAAGCAAAAGAAACUUAUAUCAAACUGAGAAAAGAGAGAGAUUAUCAUAGGAUGCAUCAUAAAAGAGUUGUACAAGAGAAGAAUAAAUUAAUUCAGGAUAUUAAAAAAUUGAAGCAUCAUUACGCGUCUUAUGAACCAACUUUGAAACAACUCAAAAGUAAAUAUGAAUCUGCGAUGAAAGAGAAAAUGUUAACUAGAUUAGAAAGAGAUAGAGCAGUUGGACAAAUUCAGGGAUUACAAUCCACUAUUCGGACAAUGGAAACCUGCAGAACUGGAAGUUCUAGAGAUCAAGAAAGUGAAGGAUUAAGACCUGUACAGAGAGGUAGUGCUGUGCUAAUGGUUGAUGAAAAGGGUCGUGGACCUACUCAAAGAAGUUUGCUGAAGGAAAGAAGCAGCGCCAAUAAUGAUGGUGAAACAACUCAAUUGAGACCAGAUAUUAAUCAGAGAUCCCAAUUCCCAAUCGACACAAGAGUCAAUCCACUUUUGAACGAAGUUCGACAAUCGGCCCACACUAAGAGAGCAGGUGGUUUAAGACUAUCUCAUAGUUUCCAAGGACAUUCUCACGCUAUUAGCGGGGUCAAAAUGCAUCCAAAGAAACAAAUCCUAGCAACUGCUAGUGACGAUUCCACAUGGAAAUUAUUUACAGUACCAGGAGGAGAACUAAUUAUGACGGGAGAAGGGCAUCAAGAUUGGGUUUCUGACUGCGAUUUUCAUCCUGAUGGCACGAAAUUAGUAACGGGAAGUGGAGAUACAACAGUAAAAAUAUGGGAUUUUACGAAGGGUAGUUGUAUGCAUACUUUUAUGGAGCACAAGCACGCAGUUUGGGGAACAACUUGGCAUUCCUGCGGAGAUUUUAUUGCAACAUGUUCUAUGGAUAAUACAUCAAAAAUUUGGGAUAUUAACUCUCUAGAAUGUAGACAUACUUUACGAGGACACGCUGAUUCUGUUAAUAGCAUAGAGUUUUUAGCCUACUCUAAUACUUUGUUAACGGCUUCAGCUGACAAGACAAUUUCUCUAUGGGAUGCUAGAACGGCAAUAUGUGCACAAACAUUCUACGGUCAUAUGCACUCUGUUAACAGUGCUUGUUUCAACUUAAAGGGAGAUACUGUGGCAUCUUGCGACAGCUAUGGAGUUGUUAAACUUUGGGACGUAAGAGCUGUUGCACCAAUGCUUACUAUUGAUGUAGGCCCGCAUCCAAGUAAUAAAGUCCAGUUCGAUCCUUCCUCUUCCGUUCUUGCUAUUGCUUGCAACGAUUCAAUCGUUAGGAUUUACGAAGUCGCAACAGGAAAGAUAUCUGAAUUAAUUGGCCAUACUGAUGCCGUCCAGUGCUUGACAUUCGACAGAGCAGGAGAGUUCUUAGUGACUGGAGGAAGCGACUUGAACGGUUACGGAAUUGAAGAUUUAUUUCCAGUAAGAUUGGAAUGCUUUGGAUCAUUUGCCCUUAAAAUAUGUACAAAAGAUACUGAUGUUGAUCUGGCAGCUAUAGUACCACAAGGUCUCGACAAACUAAAUGAUGAUAAUUUUUUUGAUGAAUUUGCUGAUUAUCUUAAAAUACACGAAACUCUAUUAUUAGAUGAUUUUCGGGUCGUUAAGAAGGCAAGAGUUCCAAUCAUCAAACUGUGGAUAGAGGGAAUAGAAAUUGACAUUACUCUUGUUCGACCGUCCAAUGACGUUCUUUAUAAAGACUUGGGCUCUCGUAAGUAUAUUACUGGAAUGAAUGAAACUUCGAUUAAAAGUAUUUCCGGUCUUCGAGAUUUAAAUUGUAUAAUGAAAUUCUUGGAAGCUAACGAUAUUAAUAAGAAAAUGUUUAUAAACUUUAACGCUACCAUUAAAUUUUGGGCUAUAAAAAAGGGCGUUUAUAGUACAGUUCUAGGAUUUUUCUCUGGGGCGUCACUAAUCCUAAUGGUUCUCUUUGUACUUAAAGAGAAUAACACUGUUACCGAUUUGAAAACUUAUAUACAAUUAUUCUUUUCCACCUUUGCGAAAUGGAAUUGGAAGAUUCCACUAACUUUGGAGAAUCCUUAUAAUGAUCCGCCUGAUUUUAUAAAAAAUUUUUCUGAAAUGAUUAUUCAUACUUUGUCUAGUCCGAGGAAGAAUUCAAUUAAUUCUAGCAAAUCAUCUUCGGCCGCAAUUAGGAAAGUUUUGUCAGAAAGUCAUCAAACUUCCGAGAUCGAUGAAGGAUUAUUCGAAAAGAAAAAUUGGAUUGAUGAAUACAAUCAUUUUAUAACCAUAACUGCAAUCUUUGAGACGAAACAUCCGGAUGACAAAACCACCAAGCAUUUAGAUGAUUGGGCAGGAUUUAUUAGGUCAAGAAUAUUAAGAUUUUCAAUUGAACUUGAAAAUAUGAAAUAUGAUGAUAAAGAGAUUUUUAGCAUUGUUCAGCCAAUACUUAACAACGAUAGGGAGAUGUUUAUUACGUCUGACAGCCGUGUUUGGCUAUUAGGUCUGGAAUUUACUUGUAAUUUUCAAAUGAAUCAUUUGAAUUUAUCCCAGCCUACAAGAGCCUUUACUUGCGAAUUAAAACAAUUAGCUACUGAAAGAGAAAUAUAUAAAUCUGGAAUGAAAGUUAAAGUAGGAUACUCGAAUCGAAAUAAAUUGAACAGCCUAGGAAUCUUUGAAUAA